AUGCUAUUGAAGGGCCAGAUCCCUGGGAGGCUUUUGGGUGACGUUAGCCCCAGCGGAAAAGAUAGCUGCACAGUCCCUUCAGACAAAAUACCCGAGGGCGAGAAUGACUGCAACUGUUUAGCAGACAAUCCGUCACGCAAAGUAGUUGCAACGGGACGCGUGUAUAACAUUGCCGGGGACACAAUCCAUAACCUUCCCCUCCCGCCCGAUUGCAUUAGGGUUUCCUUGCUUGUUGCAAUCGACCCCAAGUAUCCAUUACCUUAUCCUACCGAUGAGAUGCAGACGGUAGGAGAUGCGUUGGGGAGCUUCGUUGCAUGGCCCAGCCACCUUGUUAUGGUUGGUACACCAAAGCCGACAAAGGACCCAAAGCCGCCAAAGGACCCCUUGCCACCAAAGAAAAAGCCAAGGGGGAAAAGCAAAUUGAAGGAUAAGGUGUCGGGCCAUACUAAAGAGUCAGUCACGGUUUGCAACAUGCAGUGCCUAUGCCUGUUGUAG